UACAACGUCGGACACUGAGCACACGACGAGCAGGCGUUCCUCGGGGCUCCUCCAGGAGAGAAGAUAGACAUGGUGUGAGCCCGUUCACGGCGCGGACCUUCGCCGCCACCGCGUGGUAACCGCUUCAUCGGGCCCACGGUAGUGGGACCGCGAGCAGUGGUGCGUCCUCGUCGAUCCGAAGAGAAAUUCCCUCGGAGAGGACGUCGGAAAAGUCGUAGCGCGAAAAUUGCGCUCCUCUUCUUCCGGGGGAUUUUUCGACGGAGGGCGCAGUCGAUUGUUCGAGUCAGUGAGAGUGAAAGAAGUUCGAGAGGUGCGUGACGGUCACUCAGUGGAGGCUUGAAGUCGAAGAAACACCGGUCUGUGAGAAUUUGGGUUAGUCUGUCACAAUUGAAAACGACCUCGCUGAUUUGCGGAACCUUAUCGAAAGGUCAACAGACUUUAUCGUGAUAACGCGCGAAGACGACUUCGGCUCCAAGUAGCUUACGAAGGGAUCACCGAGACAAAGGAAAAUCUUCGCGCUGAUCUUGCGUGCUGGAUAUGUAAUAAAUCGCGAGUGCUCGCGCGACUUCGUGACGUAGUCGGGAUUGGUAAUCGGAGGACGAAGAUUCAUCUCGCGGUGAUAGAGAGAGGAACCCUCUUCGCAACGGUAUCUUCAAUCGUGUUAUGGUGCUAAGGACUACUUCGGUCAGACGAAGAGGUCGCAGAAGAGAGGGUGGCCGGAGUAGUAUCCUGGCGGGAUCCUCCUGAAAAAUCGCUCGCAUUGAUUCGAUCAGUCGAGGAGAAAUCCGGAAAAAUCAGGUCCGGUUUGAUCCGGUGAGUCGGUUCAUUCGGCAAGGAUGCUGCGAGACUCUGAGCGAUGGAUCUUCUUGUGUGCAAACGUCGUGAUGUUCGGUUCCGGCUGAACUUCUUUACUUUCACUCGUUACGGAGGAUCGUGACGCAAACUGGAUUUCAUCGUGUCGCGAAGAAUUCUGCAGGAGGAAGAGAGGUUCCGAGGAAGUUGUUUUCCAUCUUGCUUCUCGCUUGCCUCCGAGCGUCACCUGAACGCGGAAUCUCCCCCUGCUCAUCUACACUUAAUCCGCAUGGCGGACAAUGGAAUUAGAACAUCAGCAAGGCUGUAAUCACUUGCACGACGUUUCGACAAUUCGCCAGGAAUGAGCGAUUAAGAACGAAAGCUGCGCGAUGAAUUGACCCUCGGGAGAACCGACGAUUCUAAAUCUUCAUCGAGUUGUCGCGCUCGGAACAACACGGCCAGAGACGAAACGAUGGGUGCAUCGAGGCCGCGCCAUUGGCUUCUCGCUGCGGUCGUCCUCACUGUAUCCUCGAGUCUGAUGGCGAGCGAGACCCAGCUGUCGAGCUUUGACUCUUCCACGGCCAUCGACGCGCUGAAAAAGGAGUCUAAUCGCACCGGGGUGCUGACGAUCCGCCGGCGGAGAUACGUGCGAUUUCCCACGGGGCCCGCUUACCUCUUCGACAGCGGCCCGCCGCUCGGCAGGAACCUUGGGCCGCAUCAGGCCGCGCGUGCCGUACCUCAGGUCCAGUUUCCUUCGUGGCGGCAACAUAAGUCCCUCUGGAGAAGCCCCGUCGCCAAUUACAAUAGACCGGUGAUGGCCCAUCGAACCCCGCGACUGAUAUUCCGAGACAACGACUUCCUGCCGGUAGGAGGCGGCGCGGCCUCCUUCUUCCAGCAGUCUAAUCAGCUGCCAGAAUUCGAGGAUGACAUUCGAGAUCACCGGAAGCAGACCCCGGAGGAUUAUCCUAGAUUGGAAACAGAGACGCGCCAACAAAAAAGGCCGCUGUGGAAAGGCGACGAUACAUUGUGCGCGGACGGACGGAGCUGCGAAUUUUUUCUAAUGUGCUGGAUGUCUGCUGGCCUAUUGGACGGCAGCUGCGGCGGCAUUAUGUUCGCAUGUUGUCAGCGGAAAGAUCCUAAAGCUCUCACUGAUUAUAACCUGAUCGAGUCGCCUAGAGAUCAAUCUCGGCCGCUUCCGCUGGAUUUGUACACGGAGACCGCCAGCGACGAUCGUUGCGGCAUACCGGUCUCGAAACAAACCGCGCAGAGGAGGAUCGUUGGCGGCGACGACGCCGGUUUCGGUAGUUUUCCGUGGCAGGCAUACAUACGUAUCGGAUCUAGUAGAUGCGGUGGCACUUUGGUAAAUCGUUUCCACGUUGUUACAGCUGGACACUGCGUUGCAAAAGCGUCGGCGCGACAGGUCCAAGUGACCCUCGGCGAUUACGUGGUGAACUCUGCCAGCGAGUCUCUGCCAGCUUACACUUUUGGUGUUCGAGAGAUUAGAGUGCAUCCCUACUUUAAGUUUACGCCGCAGGCGGACAGGUUUGACGUAGCUGUGCUUCGAUUGGACCGACCGGUCCAUUACAUGCCCCAUAUAGCGCCAAUUUGUCUGCCAGAGAAGAACGAAGACUUCUUAGGGCAAUAUGGCUGGGCCGCGGGAUGGGGUGCCCUACAAGCAGGGUCCAGGCUGCGACCUAAGACAUUGCAGGCGGUGGAUGUGCCCGUAAUCGAUAAUCGCGUCUGCGAGAGGUGGCAUCGUUCCAACGGCAUCAACGUUGUCAUCUACGACGAGAUGAUGUGCGCCGGUUAUCGCGGCGGCGGUAAGGACUCGUGUCAGGGUGACAGCGGCGGCCCGUUGAUGCUGGAGAAAACCGGUCGAUGGUACUUGAUCGGCAUAGUAUCUGCCGGUUAUUCCUGCGCGCAACCGGGUCAACCGGGGAUCUAUCAUCGCGUGGCCAAGACUGUCGACUGGAUCACGUAUGUCAUAAACUCGUAGCGCGUUGAUCGGUGAGCAGGGUCAACAGAGGGCUUUCGCCGCGGACUUUGCAUGACACAAAGUUCAAGUAUGGAAUACUUCAUGCCGAGAGAGUGACUUCAGGGUCCGCGUUCCCAUCUGAGAGAACGACCGACGUGACGCAGCAACGGGGAAAGUUUCAAUGAGAAACUAGUGCGGACGAUUCUUAAUUAAAGACUACACUUAAUGAAGUUAUAGCCAUUCCUAUUACCUAUAUAAAUGCAAAAAUUACUUAGGUGAAAUCUCGCGACGCGACGCGGCGCGUUCGAUGCAAACGUAAUAUCGAAUUUUCCCUUUCCUUAUCGUUUCACAGUUAGAUAUAAAGAGAAAUGACGUCCUCUAUUAAAUGUAACACAGUAUUGUAUAAGCAUUUCCAUGGACGCAAGUGUGAUGUAAUAAUUUUAUCGAAAUGAGUGCUGUAAAUUAAGCGUGUAUAAUAUAAGUAUAGAUUUGCGCUUAAUAAAUAUUCCCUUUUUCAAUUUCAUCAAUUGUUCUCCGGGGAGUGUCACAAUUUCACGUUAAUCAAAAUACUCUUCAUUCGAUUUCAAGAUAAUUAUUAGUUUUGUGGAGUUCAUGUAAUAAUUACAAAACGCCCUAGGAAACCAGGAAAAUAUUAACGUGAAAUAAGCCAGCGAUAUUUACAUUAAAAACAUGUUUUAUUUGACAACCGCUACUUCUCAACACAAGCUAUAGCAUCGCGAGUAGACCGACGCGAUUAAGUAUCUAUUUGCGUUGCAUACAUUCUGUAAGUACACAUUCAUUUCGAUAGUUACUUUUAACAAUACGUAUCUCGCUUAUUUUAUUUUAACAUUGCGAAGAGUACUCAGGGUAUAGUUACAUUAUUAAAUACAAUAUGUAAUACGCAUUUCCCUUCCCCUCAGCAACCACCAAUUCCUUUGUAUCGUCACAUCGUCUCUAGUUUAAUGAUCCAAUUUCCCAUCGUGGAAUGAUCCUCGAGAGGAGCGAUAGCGGGAACGACGAAUCAAUUGCUAUCGUGACUCGAUUGUUAUCUGCAGUUGUUAUAUAUCCAAGUCAUUUUCGCGCGAAAUACAACACGCACAGGCACGUCUUGUAAAUUGAUCUUGCUGCUCAAACGUAUGCGAAUAAAAUUCAGAGAUAAAAAAAUGCGAUAAACGAGAACAUGAGUGCUCGGAUGAGUAGCGGCCUAAA